UCAUUCAAUGAGAAUUCAUAGAAUUUAUUUACAAUUGCUUUUUUAAAUAUUAGUAACUAUUAUUAUCAUCAAAUUUAAGACAUGAAUUAUGACCUUAAUACCGAUCAAAGUGAUGAUGAUUAUUAUGCUUUUCUCAACGUUCCUAGAAAUGCAACUUUUGAUGAAAUACGAAAUUCCUUUCGAUUAUUUAGUCGUCAAUUUCAUCCGGAUAAGCACACGAAUCCAGCGCUAAAACGACAAGCUGAAUUAAUGUUUGAUAAAUUGAAAAAAGUUUAUGAUGUUUUAAGCGAUCCAGAUAAACGUGCUGUUUAUGAUGCACUGGGUGCUUCAGGUCUUCAGAAUAAUGAAGCCUGGGCAUUGGUUGAGAAAAAAUUCAAAUCAAUCAAAGAAAUUCGUGCCGAAUUCGAACAAUUAAUGAAAGAAAAAGAAGAACGUUUAAUGCAACAACGAACCAGUCCUAGAGGCAAUAUUACCGUAUUGGUUGAUGCAACCAAUCUAUUUCAACCAGAUGACGAUAAUGAUGAUCGAAGAGUGGUAAUUUCACCCUCAUCGAUUGAAAUUCGUUCGAUGACAAUUACACAAUCAUUAGAUACUCCUAUAACAUUGAAUAAUAAUGUGAUAUUGAAUGGGAUGAUUAAUGUUCGUAAUGGUAUUGGAAGCGGUAAUCUAGCGCUUUCAUUACGACAUGUUUUUAACCCAAAAACAUGGGGUGAAAUAGAAUUUGGUGCUGGACAAGGUCCAAUGAUCAAUAUGAAAGGUUUUCGAACCAUAACACCAAAUCUUCAUCUAAAUUGUAGUACAAAUAUAUUGAUUUCAUCAUUCGGUAUUCGACCCGGAUUAUCAUUAACAUUGACCAGACAAUUUAGUAAACAUUUCGUAGGACAUUUAUCAUAUAAAGCCGGUAUAGAUUCCUCAAUGAACACUACGAUGAUAUUUGAAAAUGAAUAUUGUCGAAUCAAUGGUUCGCUACAAUUUGGUUAUCGUAAUUCGUUUAUAUCAUCAAGUUAUACACAUAAAUUUCGACAAAAUAUGACACGUUUAAAAAUUGGCCUGAAAUUCGGACUUUUAGGUGCCAUUGUUGAUUAUGGUUGUGAAACUAGAUUAUCUCAAUAUAGUACAAUUGGUGCCGCAAUGACUGUCGGUACAAUUGCCGGUGUUAAUCUAAGGAUUAAAUUAAUACGAAAUCAACAAACAUAUAUGUUACCGAUAUUAUUAUCAGAAGAAAUAGUACCCUCAUCAUUGUUAUAUGGAACAAUAUUACCAUUAUUAACAUAUUAUUUGAUUAAAAAUUAUAUCAUUGAUGUCUAUCAAAAACGUAUGGAACAAGAAGAAUUGGAAAAAGAACGUGAAGCCAAUGCAUCACUAAUGCAACAACAACGUAAACAAGCUGAAGCUUAUAUUCAAUUAAUGAAAGAUUUUUAUGAACGAAUUGUUGAACGUGAACGAUCAGUGGAUGGUUUAAUAAUUGAUCGAGCAUUAUAUGGGGAUGAAAGUCAAGUUGAACAAUAUGAACAUGAUGAUGAUUCCAUACCCAAUGAUGCAAAUGUUUUUGAUUUCCAUGUUGCCUUACAAGUGUUGGUGAAUGACAAUUCACGUUUAAUAUUACAAUCGGCAUCGAAAUCUUAUUUGCCUGGUUUUUUUGAUACAAAUAAUGGUCGUCCGAAAAAAUUGUUAAUACGUUAUCGUUACAAAAGUCGUGAUUAUCGUCCAAUCAAUUGUCGUGCUGCCAUUCUGUAUGAAGAAGGUAAACCAUUAGUUGUUGAAGAAGUAAUCAUACCUGUACCUGGUGAUGAUCAAGUUCGAGUGAAGAUGAUUUCUGCUGGUAUUUGUGCCAGUGAUGGUCAUUAUGUUUGGGGACAGCAAAAACUGAGUGAUCUUUCCCAUAAACUGCCAACAGUAUUGGGACAUGAAGGUGCCGGUAUUGUUGAAUCAGUUGGCCGAAAUGUAACGGAUUUGAAACCAGGUGAUCACGUUUUGACAACAUUCGUACCGAAUUGUGAGAAAUGUAGCCAAUGUUCAAUCAAAGAUAGUAAUAUGUGUUUGAAUUUGAAUUUCAACACAACCGGUAGUCUAACAACAAGACAAUUGGCGAAAAAUGGUGAAAAUAUUUAUGGUGUCACUGGAACAGGUACCUAUUCUGAAUAUAUUACUGUUGAUCGUCCUAUGGUCAUUAAAAUCAAACAGACCGAUAAUCUAAUCAAUCUUUGUGUUGUAAGUUGUGCUGCGGCAACUGGUUUUUAUUCGGCUGUUAAUCGUGCAAAGGUUCGUCCUGGUUCGAAUUGUGCUGUAUGGGGAAUCGGUGGUAUCGGUUUGAAUGCAUUGCAAGGAUGUAAAUAUAACCAGGCGAAAAAUAUCAUUGCGAUCGAUGUUAAUCCAGCUAAACGUGAUGUUGCUUUGGAAUUCGGUGCAACCGAAUUUAUUAAUCCAAAAGAAUUGGAUAAACCUUUGGAACAGUAUCUGAUGGAAAAAUAUAACGGCGGUAUGGAUUAUACAUUCGAUUGUUUUGGUUCGCAAAUGAUCGUUGAUCAGGCCAUCAAUUCAUUGACAAUGUCCGGUACAUUUACUAUGGUCGGGGUAACAGGAACCGAUGUACAGAUUAAAUAUCCAGCAUUGAUGUUGUUGUUCAGUCGUACAAUAACUGGUUGUCUUCUCGGUGCUAAAAAAGCUUCGCAAGCUUAUCCCGAAAUGCCAAUAAAAUGUCGUGCUGCUGUCCUGUACGAAGAAGGUAGUCCAUUGGUGAUUGAAGAUGUUUUGAUACCCGUACCGCAAUCGUUGGAAGUUCGUGUUCGAAUUCUAUCCACUGGUUUAUGUGCAACAGAUGCACAUUUUGUAUGGGGUCAAACUCGAAUGAAAUCCUGGGGUCAUCGAUUGCCAUCGGUUUUAGGUCAUGAAGGAACCGGUAUUGUUGAAUCUGUUGGCCCAAAUGUUAAUCAAUUUGAACCAGGUGAUUUGGUUCUAAUGUCUAUCAUACCACAAUGUAAUGAAUGUUAUCUAUGUCAAAAUCCUAAUACGAAUAUUUGUCAGAAGAAUUUAUUGGCCGAUUUAGGAAGUCGUCCCAGUAAAACAUUGGCUAAAUCUGGUCAACAACUUUAUGGAAUAAUGGGUUUAGGUACAUUUUCCGAAUAUAUCACUGUUAAUCAUAAUCAAUUGUUUAAGGUAACAAAAAAAGUAAACAUUGAAAACGCUGCCAUCAUUUCGUGUGCGGUGGCAACCGGAUUUUAUUCGGCCGUAAAUUUGGCAAAAGUUUCGCCCGGAUCUACAUGUGCUGUUUGGGGUAUUGGUCCUGUUGGUUUGAAUGUUUUGCAAGGAUGUCGAUAUCGAAAAGCUGCGAAAAUUAUUGCAAUCGAUAUAACUUCGGAGAAAAAAGAAAUAGCAAUCGAAUUUGGUGCCACGGAUUUUAUCAACUCAAAACAAUUGAAUGAACAAACAACAUUGCAACAAUAUCUAAUGGAAAAUUAUGGUGGCGGUGUUGAUUUUGCAUUCGAUUGCUUUGGUUCACAAAUUACUAUUGAUCAGGCGCUGAAAUCAUUGUCCGUAACCGGAAUGUUUGUAUUGGUAGGUGUGCCACCAGAUAAUACAAAUAUUAUCUAUCCCUGUGAUCAAUUGCUUACUGGCCGUACCAUAACCGGUGGUUUUGUUGGUGGCAAAAAAAGUGAACAAGCCUAUGGUGAAUUGUUGGAUCUGUACGAAAACGGAAAAAUUGAAAUCGAUCGAAUGAUUACCGAACGGAUUUCGUUGGAUCAAAUUAACAAAGGAUUCGAUGAUCUACGAUCGGGUAAAAUAGUUCGUUCAUUGGUAACUUCGUUUCAUAAGAAAAUGGAAUAAUUUUUUUAUUUUGGCAAUUUUCUACAAAAAAUGAAAAU